AUGACGUCAUAGAUGGACUUCGUCAGAAUCCUAUUGACGAUAUUUGCGUAAAUACAGCAAUAAGGUUAAUGAAGUGAGAUGGCAAUAAAAGUAUUGAUACUCGCGCUUUUACUUGUGACAACCAGCCAUGGCAGACCCAUUGCACGGGAAAGAACAAUGGAAGUGGUCACAGGAAGCAAUUCAGCUGCGGUCGGAGAAAGGCCAAAACGAGAUGUCAUUGGCAAAUAUUCACGAAAACGACGUUUUCAAGCUUAUGAUGAGUUACACGCGGUGAUAGCCAGACUUCGGGCUAUUGAUAUUACCAGUCAACGAAAAAAACCCAAAGCUGAAAGUUCUGUUGUAAUUAAGGUUGACAAGAAUGUAAACGUGCAUGUAGUUCACCAGGAUUCGACCAAGAAUUCACAACAAGGACUCCAAGCAGAUGAUCCACAAAGUGUCCAUAUACAACACGACAGUCCACAGAGGGCAACGAUUUCUCUGAAACUGGAACAUAAGCAUCCGAGUGAUGGACAGCAACUGGCUGAAGAUGCCAGUGGCAAAUAUCCAAGAAAACGACAUUUUCAAGAUCAUGAGUUAGCUGCUAUCAUAGCUCGACUGGAGGAUAUUAACAUUGAGCAAAACAAUCCCAAAGUUGAAAGUCCUGUUGUAAUUAAGGUUAACAAGAAUGUAAAGGUACAUGUAGUUCACCAGGGUUCGAUCAUAAAUGCACAAGGACUUCAAGCAGACGAUCACCAAAGUGUUCAUAUACAACAAGACAGUCCACAGGAGGCAACGAUUUCUCAUGAACCUGGAACAUAAGCAUCCAAGUGAGGAACAAGCAAGCGAUCAACAAAGUGUUCAUAUACAACACGACAGUCCACAGGAGGCAACGAUUUCUCUUAACCUGGAACAUAAGCAUCCAAGUGAUGAACAAGCAGACGAUCACCAAAGUGUUCAUAUACAACAAGACAGUCCACGGGAGGCAAUGAUUUCUCUGAAUCUGGAACAUAAGUAUCCAAGUGAUGAACAAGCAGACGAUCACCAAAGUGUUCAUAUACAAUACGACAGUCCACAGGAGGCAAUGAUUUCUCUGAAUCUGGAACAUAAGCAUCCAAGUGAUGAACAAGCAGACGAUCACCAAAGUGUUCAUAUACAACAAGACAGUCCACAGGAGGCAAUGAUUUCUCUGAAUCUGGAACAUAAGCAUCCAAGUGAUGAACAAGCAGACGAUCACCAAAGUGUUCAUAUACAACAAGACAGUCCACAGGAGGCAAUGAUUUCUGUGAACUUGGAACAUAAGCAUCCAAGUGAUGAACAAGCAGACGAUCACCAAAGUGUUCAUAUACAACAAGACAGUCCACAGGAGGCAAUGAUUUCUGUGAACUUGGAACAUAAGCAUCCAAGUGAUGAACAAGCAGUCGAUCACCAAAGUGUUCAU